UUUGCGCGAGGAGGAAAUCAUUUUGAAAGAGUAACCGGAAAUUGAUUUCUCGCCGUUGCCUCGGGACGUUUCUACGUAUGAUACGUUUUACGUCAAUGUAGCGGAUGUACGACAAAAGGGAGCUGUGAGGUAAUGGUCCCUCAACAUGCCUAGUUUUCGGGGACUGACGUGCUAUCUAUGUCCCGGGAUGGAAAUGCCCCCUUCGCCCGAAGCAGCGCUUUAGUUUUGGUUGCAUCGAGCCAACCGAAGCGUUAAAAAAACAAACAGGUAACCGGGGUCUUUAUUUAUUCAAGAGAAGAUGGCGGAGUUCUCACCCGUCCUGCCGAUGCGGGAUGGAGGUGGACGCUUCACCCAGCCCAUCUUCCCGCGGUCCAGGUCCGGUUCCGAGUCCGAAAGCGAACUGUCCCAGAGCCUGGCCCGGACCAAGAUCCGCUCGUACGGGAGCACGGCCAGCGUCACGGCCUCUCUGGGGGAGAAAUACGUCGAGCAUCGGGUUACGGACAGCGAUACUCUGCAAGGGAUUGCUCUGAAAUAUGGUGUAACGAUGGAGCAAAUCAAGAGGGCCAAUAAGCUGUUCAGCAACGACUGCAUCUUCCUGAAGAACAGCCUGAACAUCCCCGUGCUGUCGGAGAAGCGCUACAUCUUUAACGGACUGUCUCUGGAGUCUCCAGAUGGGGACGGGGAGACGGGAUGCCGCGAGGCAGACCCCCCCGGCGUCGUGAUGCAGGAUAUCGAGGAGCCCUCGCCGUCUCCUUCUCCUCCCCCCGAGGACUCCAAACCGCCCCAAACCCAAACCCAACCCCAGCCAGAGGAGCUGUCAGCCAAAGACUUCUUACACAGACUGGACUUGCAAAUCAAACAGUCAAAGCAGGCUGCGCGCAGACUGAAAGAAGAGGAAGAAAGGACCAAUGAGGAGAACUACACGCCACCCGAGACUUCAUACCAGGAGAUCUGAAGACGCAGUCCGCUUACCCGAAGCCCGACUCAGACACACACACACAUACAC